CGAUGGCUGGUCAUUGCCUUCCUACCGGCUUGGGUUUGAGUCAUCCUACCCAAGUCCAAAGGCUUGGAACUCAGCAAUGACUCCGAUCUGUGAAAUCAAGAGGAAAAGUGCCCUGCUGGACUUCUUCAAGUGGGCAGGAUUCCAUAUGCAUCACAGCACACCGCACGAAAGCUAGCAGUAGCACGUGCAGCCGGGUUGGCACAGCCUACUUACUACUCAUCAGGCUGGUCAAUCUCGCAAGUUCCGGUUCACAUGGAAGGAACAAAGAUCAAGGCACUUGAGUCGAGCAGCUCGGAGUAGGGUGACAUUUUUCCAGUAUUAUCGAAAUGUCAUCCUGGUGUACGGAUGCAAUUGAGCCCAAUAUAUUCGUAUAUCUCCUCCAGUGGAAGUAAACUAUUGGACAACAACUUUCAUGCUGAAGUUACAGGAUCAGAAAAUUACCGUGAAGUACUGAAGCGGACGAACACAAUUGAGGGUGUGAUAGAGGAGAACAAGAGACGUGAGUGUCGGGAGACUUCGGUACUAGUUAGAGAGAGGCCUUGAAUAAUACUGCCCCAAUUUGUGCGGCAGUGAUAUUCACGGUGAUCGAAGCGAGGCAUGCAAACGAGCAGUUUGUGGAGCAGAUUUCGUGUGUCGGCAGAGUUGUUUCCCAGCAUCGUCAUCAUCAUGGACUCACCUCUUUCUGAUGACGAGUUUGUCGAACAAACUCAUCAGGCACGCCAAACUCGGUCUACACGGGUGAGAAAGAUAUGAUAGAAUAUUGUGGAAAAUUCUGUGACGAUUCUGAGCUAAACCUUUGUUAAACAAAGCGUGCCGAUGGGC